UGGGGUGGGGCGGGGCAGGACGGCUUAGAGAUAGGGCGGGCGUCACUCUGCUCUUGCGACCUAGCCAGGUGUGAGGGAGUGACGGCCGCGCAUUCGCGGGAGGAGAGCGAUGGCUGAGAACGCCGCACCAGGUCGCCUUGGACUUAGAUGGGACGGGGAGGCCUCGCGCGAGCGCCCCACUGCCCACCCACUUGGUCUGAUCUCAGAGCUGAAGCUGGCCGUGCCCUGGGGCCACAUCGCAGCCAAAGCCUGGGGCUCCCUGCAGGGCCCUCCAGUUCUCUGCCUGCACGGCUGGCUGGACAACGCCAACUCCUUCGACAGACUCAUCCCUCUUCUCCCGCCAGACUUUUAUUACGUUGCCAUGGAUUUCGGAGGUCAUGGGCUCUCGUCCCAUUACAGCCCAGGUGUCCCAUAUAAUCUCCAGACUUUUGUGAGUGAGAUCCGAAGAGUUGUGGCAGCCUUGAAAUGGAAUCGAUUCUCCAUUCUGGGCCACAGCUUCGGUGGCGUCGUGGGCGCAACGUUUUCCUGUACCUUCCCUGAGAUGGUGGAUAAACUUACCUUGCUGGACACCCUGCUAUUUCCCCUGGAAUCAAAUGAAAUGGAGAACUUGCUGACCUACAAGCGGAGAGCCAUAGAGCACAUGCUGCAGAUAGAGGCCUCCCAGGAGCCCUCGCACGUGUUCAGCCUGAAGCAGCUGCUGCAGAGGUUACUGAAGAGCAAUAGCCACUUGAGUGAGGAGUGCGGGGAGCCCCUCCUGCAAAGAGGAACCAAGAAGGUGGCCACAGGUCUGGUUCUGAACAGAGACAAGAGGCUCACCAGGCCAGAGAACAGCGCUGACUACGUCAGCAGGGAGCUGUGUGCGCAUUCCAUCAGGAAGCUGCAGGCCCACGUCCUAUUCAUCAAGUGAGUCUGGACCCAUCCCCUUCAGUCACCCCCAAGGAGACAUGGGCGCCAGGAGUCUCCGGGAGGGAGCCCUGGCAUGAGGCUGCAAGUUCUCUGCGUGUUGACCACAUCGCUGAGGCUCAAGAUCUUUUUUUGGGAAGCCCCCCCGGUCUGCCCCCAGGCCCAACAAGUGACCACCAGGAUCUAUUAGGUCUCACGCUCCACUGUGGUCAGUCUCUAGAGACGUGGGGACACAUGUAAUCAGAAUUAAGGAAACAGACCUUUGGUGGGGAACCCCUGCCGGGUUCAAGGGACUCUCGUGCCUCAGCCUCCUGAGUAGCUGGGAUUAUAGGCACCUGCCACCAUGCCCAGUUAAUUUUUAUAUUUUUAAGAGAUGGGGUUUCACCAUGUUGGCCAGGCUGGUCUCAAACUCCUGACCUCAGGCGAUCCGCCCACCUCGGCCUCCUGAAAUGCUGGUUUUGUAGAAGGGAGCCACCAACCAUACCCGGCCUAGUCGCACAUUUUUAAGGCUCCCAAACCACAGCAGAACACCUGACUGCCUCAUCCCUCUGCACCCAUCACACCAGUGGGCGUGCUGGCUGUAGGUGGAGGUGGCCUUUGUCCGGGUUCCUGGGAGCACCUGGUGUUUUAUGGUCACCUACCCACGAACACCUGACCCUGGGGCCACUGCAGGUUUCUUGGCAUUGUCACCGCAAAGGGAAGAAGCCCACCUGUGGCUGGCCGGCCGCCAGGUCAGAGCCAAGGCAGGCAGGGCCUUCCUGUGUGGCUGCUUUUUUUUUUUUUUGAGACAGAGUCUCGCUCUGUUGCCCAGGCUGGAGUGCAGUGGCCCGAUCUCGGCUCAUUCCAAGUUCCGCCUCCUGGGUUCACGCCAUGCUCCUGCCUCAGCCUCCCGAGUAGCCGGGACUACAGGCGCCCACCACCAUGCCUGGCUAAUUUUUUGUAUUUUUAGUAUUUAGUAGAGACGGGGUUUCACCGUGUUAGCCAGGAUGGUCUCAAUCGCCUGACCUCGUGAUCCGCCCGCCUCGGCCUCCCAAAGUGCUGGGACUACAGGCAUGAGCCACUGCGCCCGGCCCUGUGUGGCUUCUUGAAGGCAGGCACAAGUCUGCAGGCUGCUCACGUCAUCUCAUUAUCUUUUCUCACGGGGAUCUCUUCUGAUACAAUCACAGCAACCCUGGCCUUGGCCCCGCCCUGUUCCUGCCAUGCAACUUCACAACUCAGCUGGCCUAGACUCCUGGGAGUCCUCCAAGUCCCUAGGGCUGGACACCUCCUGGGGUGCUAUGGACUGUCGGGGCUCCAAGGAGCCGUGUGUGGGGGAAACUCACUGUGGGAGGCGCUCCUGACCUGCAGGGAGCCGGAAGGCUGUGGGAGGGUCCUGACCCCAGGGCCCAUGGAGCUCCCUAGGCUCCUCUGGCCACACCUCACCACCCACCCCCUCCCCUCUCCAGCGGUUCCAGUUUGUGGAAGUCCCAGGCAAUCACUGUGUCCACAUGUGCGAACCCCAGCACGUGGCCAGUAUCAUCAGCUCCUUCUUACAGCGCACACACACG